AUGUCGAACAACUCAGCGCUCCGCUGCAGUAGAAGGAGGGUCCUGGCGAGCGUGAACUGGUCUAUUCUGCGAUACAGAGUGACAGCCUGGAAGGCAGCUUUGAGCAGGCAGUGUAUUUUGCAGAAGCUUUGCAGCGUACAGCGGCUGGUGAACCUGAACCUGGUUAUCAGCGGAUACGGAACAGUGUCCUCGGUAGCAGCUGAUGUUGUGGCGAGGGUCAUGCCCGUCUCGGCCAUGUUAGAGGAAGAUAUCUUCUGCUACGAGCAUAGGCACAUGCCCCAUGUGCGAAAACAUGCCAAAGAGGCCUCGAUGUCCAACUGGCAGCACCAGUUGGACAGCUUAGAACAUGUACCCAUCGCUUGA